AUGGGCGCGUUGCUGUCGCUCCCGAUGCUGGCUGUGCCCAGCAUGGGAACGCUCGUGUCCUUUGCCGCCAGCUGCUGCGGCGCUGCGACUUGCUCCAUGGUCUGCAGUGCUUGCGGCAAGUGCGGCAACAGCGUCGCUACCCGUAUCGCAUACGCCCUACUUCUGCUCGUCAACUCCAUUCUCGCAUGGGUCAUGCUCACGCCCUGGGCCAUUGAGAAGCUGCAGCACCUCACCCUCGACUACGUCAAGAUCAACUGCCCCAAUGGCCAAUGCUAUGGCUGGCUGGCCGUGCACAGAAUCAACUUCGCCCUCGGUCUCUUCCACCUGGUCCUGGCCGGCUUGCUGUUCGGCGUCAGCUCCUCCAAGAGUCCGCGCGCAGCCAUUCAAAACGGAUAUUGGGGCCCCAAGAUCAUUGCCUGGCUGGCCUUGAUCGUCAUGGCCUUUCUCAUUCCUGAUAGGUUCUUCAUGGUCUACGGCAACUACGUUUCCUUCAUUUGCGCCAUGCUCUUCCUCAUCCUCGGCCUCGUUCUCCUCGUCGAUCUUGCCCAUACCUGGGCCGAGUAUUGCCUUGCCCAGAUCGAGGACACCGACUCAAGACUCUGGCGCUUCAUCCUCAUCGGCUCCACCCUGUCCAUGUACCUGGCCUCGUUUGCAAUGACGGCCGUGCAGUAUGCCUUUUUCGCUGUCGGCGACUGCGCCAUGAACCAGGCCGUCAUCACCAUCAACCUCAUCCUCUGGCUGGCCAUAUCAUUCAUAUCCGUCAACCCCACCGUCCAGGAGUACAACCCUCGCGCGGGCCUCGCGCAGGCAGCAAUGGUCGCCGUCUAUUGCACAUAUCUCACCAUGUCGGCCGUCUCAACCGAGCCUGACGACAAGCAAUGCAACCCGCUCCUCCGGGCCCAAGGCACCAGAACCACUUCGGUUGUCAUCGGCGCCAUUGUCACCAUGCUCACCGUUGCAUACACCACGACUCGCGCUGCCACGCAGAGCCUCGGGCUUGGCGGCUCAUCCCACGGCAUCCGACUUCCGGACGAGGACGAGCACGACCUGGUCACUCAACAGCCCAGCGCCCGGCGCGAGAUGCGUGCCGAGGCCCUGCGCCGGGCAGUUGAGGAAGGCAGCCUUCCCGCUGACGCGCUUCUGUCCGACGACGAAAGCGACGCUGGCGUUGAUGCAGCGCACGAUGACGAACGAAACCGUACCCAGUACAACUACACCAUGUUCCACAUCAUCUUCUUCCUCGCGACGGCUUGGGUCUCGACUCUCCUGACUCUCCAGUACAAUGAAGAGGAGAACGGAGGUGACUUUGCGACAGUCGGCCGGACGUAUGCUGCCAGCUGGGUCAAGAUUGUGAGCGCCUGGCUGUGUCACGGCUUGUACAUCUGGACUUUGGUUGCGCCAGUCCUGUUGCCUGAUCGAUUCGACAUGUCUUGA